AUGUCCUUGCCGAAUCAGUCGCCAUCGGAAUUACAAACUCCAGAAAUUCGCAUUCAGAGUGCUUCCCCUGACCAAGAAACAGAGGAAAAGGAGAGAUCAGGCGGCAAACGCUCCAAAUCUCCUUCAAAACUUGCACCAACACGUCAAACAAGGUCGCAAUCCUCAAGUCACAAAGACAAGAAGAAGGGAUCUUCUUCCAAAUCAGAUUCUCAUUCUUCUGAAAAGAGCAAAAUGGGCGGAAGUUCAAAACAUAGCUCUCACAGCUCCCAUAAGGGCAGCUCUUCUACACAUUCCUCAAAAAAGUCAAAGUCAAGUUCAGUCGAUGAUGUCGACUGGUCAGACAUCACAGAUCCUGAAGAGAGACGAAGAAUUCAGAACCGUAUUGCUCAACGCAAGUUCAGAGAAAAGGCUCGAGAAAACAAGGAGAGAGCCGAGAGAGAUUCUCGAAAUCAGGAGUACGCUGGCAACAGCUAUCGCAUUCCCUCUGUCAACGACUUCAACUCCUAUUCAGACCCUUCAGGGCUUCCCUGGGGCAGCAUGAACAUCGGCCACUUUGCUGGUCGUAGUCAGGAGGCCGAAAGUCGGCACAGCAGCAGUAGAAGGGGAACACACAGCGCAGACGAUAGCUUUGCUACAGCGACAUACAGUGCUUCACCCUCAUACGGCACGCAAUGGGCACAGGCAAGUUACGGUGAAAGCAGUGGAGCAGACGAGAUGUAUUACGAUGAUUCUUAUCUAUACGACCCAAAUGCUGGGCAAUAA